UCCUAGUUUAGUUGAAAUAUUGGUAUCUUUCUGCAAGAGAUACAUACGCCUGAUUACACAGAGGUUCCGGCGAAUAUAGAGAUUCGACUAUAUUGUUUGGAUUCAUACUUCCCCUCUAGGCACUGUUAUCUUCGAAAUACUUGAGGGAUGGAGAGCCAUCUUGCAGAACUGUUUGCUAGACAGGUCACUCUAAGCAACCCGCCUCCGUCGACCAGUCCACAUCGUGGUAAUAAUACUACUUUCCCGCUGCAUAGCACGUUUCAGUAUGCCCUCCCCGGCACAUCCCUACAGAGCUUUCAUGAUUCCUCCUGGAAAUCAUCAGCAUGUCUAGGUAUCGGUGAUGGGAGACCGAUUGCACCUUCGUUCGGGGUGUUGGGUCAGCGUGAUCCCGAACGCUUGUCGGUGUCUAGCUCUCAGUCCGACAUGUCUGAACAACAGCAAUCAAAGCCAAGUCAGACGUCGGUGAUGACCCAAGGUGUUACACAAGAGGAGGGCUUGGGACAGAAGCAUCCAUCAGCCAACAAAUUGAAUAAAGGAGAUCGCGAAACCUUUGCUGCCGAUGUGGACAUGGACAUUGAUAAUGGCAACGACUGCGAUUUCACUGAAGAAGGCGCGGAACCCUAUAUUAUGUCGGGAUAUGAAGCACUAGCUCGGCGCGAAUAUGAACUGUCUUCGAUGAAGACGUCAUUGCCGGAAGAACCCACGACUGGUGCCCCGUAUAACCCGGCGUAUGACCCUGUAUAUCAAGGUCAUGGAUGGUGAAAGUACAGCGCGAUGGAUGAUUAUACAUAAUUAUGCCUAUCUCGAAUCAAUACGCUCUUUGGAGCUGGUUAUGGUCGAUAAUGAUGCGAAAUACGCCGAUAUGUUUACGAUGAUAAGAUUGAGACGAGAUUAUUCAU